AUGCUCCUAGAAUCCGUAGGACGCCGCAGUGGUACUCGAUUGUCUGACUUUCAUGGCAAUAUUUUAUCAAACAGUUUGGCACAACAAAAUGCCUCAUCAAGUACUGGAGGAAAUUCAAGUGGGACCGCAGGGGAUAAUAGAAUUUCAACAGCAGUUGUCUCCAGUGGUAACACCAACAAUAUGCGUCGUCAGGACUUUAUAGCUUAUCUUCUUUCGUUGAUGCGUGCAAGUGGAAAUGAUCAUGGUGAUUCUGUUCCAUUGAUCGAUGCUCCAAGUCAUAAGCAUCUCGCCUACGUUGUUGAUGCAUUCCUUUAUUUUUUCAAGUCAUUUGAACUUGCCUGGCCUGCAGGCCUCGUUCAUUUUCUUUCGGAUUCCACACAAGGCGUAGACACUUUUGAUGCCUGCGAAAAUAGACAGUCAAAGAAUGCAUCAGUUCAGCAAAAUAGGUCUGACACUAAAUGUAUCAGUUCCUGGUGGCCAAAUUAUGCUGAAAACGCAUCAGACGCGGAUAACGAUGACGAUAUAGAAAUGCCCGAAAUUACUAAGUCUCUUCAAUUUGGAGGAGCCUCAAAAAACACUGAAAACCCGGAGCAAACUUUCAGAGGCGACACAACGAAUUCUUCUGUUUCAUCUCUACCAACUACUUUCGCAUCGCUCUCUGGCAUUAGAUUAGCUCGUCGCACUGAUACCUUUUUCCGUCGAUCUGAGAGCACUCUUUCUUUGGCUGGCGCAGGCCUCGAUCCUAUUGAGACUCCUUUGGCCGAGGCCUUGCCUCUUGCCACGCAACCCCAUCUUCUGCGCCCAACUACUAGUCGAUCUGAGCUGUUUGGAAUAUCU